UCAGCCACGACUAGAAUAGUCUAUUCACUCGAGCGUGACGUUUCUUCAACUUCAGCCGAUAGAUGCCAUGUCUGCAUUCCGAUUUUGUUCUACUUCCGGUCCACACGUCUUUUGAAAUCAGUACCUUGUAAGUGGGACUGUUGGUGGCGUUGCGCUCCCUGCUGCACCUUGGCCUAGGGAAUCUGCACGCUCUGGGCCUUCCCGACCUCGUGUCUCACCCGCGUAACGCUGUGGCACUCGGGAACGGGGUUGCGACCUGCGUAUCGUCAUCGUUGCACUGCUUCGUCCGGCGGGGCCCUCAGACUCGAUUCGCUUCCCGAAGAAGACGUCUGCGGCGGCCGUUUCCGUCCGAACGGCCAUGGAGUCCGAGGGGAAGCCGUCUGACGCCACGCAAGUCGCUGCCGUGGACAGCCCAGCCAUGGCCAUGGAAGAUGAGAUGCAGGGACUCAACGUGGAGACGUCGCUGCUGUCGCUGCCGGACGACGACCUGCUGAGCGUGCUGGAGUACCUGAGCACGCGAGACCUGCUGUCCUGCCGGGCGGUGUGUCAUCGCUUGCGGGACGUCGCUCUUCGGCCGGAGCUGUGGCGGCGACGCAGCAUUGACUUCGGGCAACGCGACGCCUCCACCGCAAGCCUCCGGCCCGCCGUCCUGCGCGUGGCGCCGUGUGCCUCCAGCCUGUCCAUGUGGUUUGAAGGCCGCAGCGACGCGCUCGGCACGCUGGCCGCCACGACCAGAUGCGCGGCGGCCGAGCUGAUCAUCUACGUGGACAACGACCCCGCGCGGCUGGAAGCGGCCAAACUCGCGAUCCGCAACCAGGCGGCGCUGGGGAUGCUGAGGACUCUGGACGUGCGCGUGGUGGCCCACAAAUCCAACGACAUCCACGCCGCGGAUCUGCUGGCGGAGGCCUGUUCCACCCAGGGCCUGGCCCGGUUGGUCGUGGAUGUCUCCUAUGGGAUAAGGUGGUGCAAGGGGGCUGGGCCCUCGCCGCUGAUCCCGGCAUCCAUCAAGGAGGUGGCCCUCAGGAACGUGGACCCUCGCUUCGUGCACCGCGUGCUGCGCUCGCACGCCGCCACGCUGCAGGCCGUGCAGCUGAGGGGGAACUGCCAGGGCGUGGCGCCGCUGCUGGCCGCCAUCCCCGGGCUGCAGCGCUUGGAGUGCCCCGUGAUGGAGGACCUGCCGCUGGUGGCGAAGUGCGCGUCGCUGCGCUCCCUCAAGCUAGCCGUGGUGUACUGCCGCGACGAGGCUGCGUUCCAGGCCGCGGCGGCCUUCCUGCGCGCCGCCACGCACCUCGAGGAGCUGCAGCUCGAGUACUACAGCCUGGGCUCCGUUCGCGUGGAGCAGGGGCUGCUGACGGCGCUGGCGUCCUCGGGCCGCGCCGCCCUGCGGAAGCUGGUCUACUCCUGCUUAAUUGGUUUCGAAGACCGCCUCGAGACGGAGCUUGCCUCGGCUCUGCCCGGACUGCCCGCCCUGGAGUGGCUCGUCCUGCCCGGGACUGUGCCCCGGCGCGUCCUGGCCGCCAUCAACCCCGGCAGUGCGCCCCGUCUUCGCGGCCUUAUGAUUGCCAACUGGACGUCCGAGGCCGGGUGCUUGCACGCCGACAUGCACGAGCCGGACGUGAGUCGCGUCCUGGCCAGCUACAGCCACUUCUACCUGGUCGUGAGAAACCGUUCGUGCAGGCAGGAGCGGCAGUGCGAGCACUGCGCCAAGGGCUGCCACGGCGUGCCUUGGCCAACUGGCGAGGCACUUGUGGGCUUCUACACGCACGAAGCGCCCAGCAGAGAGGCAGCGGAUGCAUUGAGCUCGGGGUCUCCAUGUAAGCUUUGGAUCAAACCGUGAUGCGACUGCACUGUUGUCGUGUGUGACCGCAAGAAUUAGUUGAUGCAGGUGUGGGGAGUUCAACAGCCUUGAUGCUGGUCACAUCAGCUAUUAGCUGCCGUGUGCGCUAUGACUGUCACCUUCUGGCAAGCUAAUUGUUUCAGCGCUACAUGUUUGUGGAGGAAAUGUUCACAUCCUUGAAGCGCGGUACCUGAGAAACUUCUCUUCUCUCCGCGCUAUUCGUUGUUCAUGAGAGCCACUUUGAUAAGCUUCAUUUUAGUGCUAACCGUUAGGUCGACCUCUAUUUCGGCCACCUGAGGGUUACCGUUCAACUUACAGGGGUGCAGUUAUGAAGCCGAUUGUGCCUUGAACAGAGACCUACCACCAGAUCGCUCUUUUACCCCGUAAGUCAAACUCCUCAACCAUAUCUUUUUCAGGUGCUCGUUAUAUUAUAAACAAUACAAAAUUUAUUGAUUUGUUCCCUUCUAAUUCCUCAGUGACGGCUUUUAACUUCUCUUUUUUAUUACUAUAAUUAUUAAUAGGGUAAGGAAUCUUGUGAUAGGCAUUGUAGCCACUAAAUUAUCCUACCAUUUACAAUUUUUGUAAGUCUUGUUUAAAUGUUGUGAGUCCGUCAUUGAUUUCAAACAUCUCCAAUGAAAUGGCAUCUAUUGUGCUCCUUGAUUGUGUUGUGAUCUCAUAUUGUCGGAAAGAAGUCACUUUCCUUUCAUUGCACGUCCUCUUGUGAUUUCCUUGUGAAAGAUCGGACUGUGUUCUAAUUCUUUGUAGUUAUGCUCAAAAAACAAUUGUAAAUUACUCUGACACUUGAGCUGUGAGAUGCCCUCACAGCUUCAUUACGGAACAAAGUUCACUUCAGUGCGGAUACAUUGUACCUGUACGGCAGAGUUGUUGCCCGUCUGAUUUCCUUUGUCACAUUGCAUUUUGUUUGUUAUGGUGAACUUACCUACAAAAGGUUGCAACCAAGACUCCCUAUUUAAAGAAGCCAAAGACCUCUUUUUAUGAGUGAAAUAAAUGUAGCACACGUCCGUGUGUUAAUGACCUAA